CACCAACCGCCGUGAUGACGUCAACAGAAACACGUGGGUUUGUUAUUGAAGGAAGUAAAGAUGGCGAUUCAGUCGUUGCUCUCCGAGUCAGCUCUCGGCUGGUCUAUUUUCACCUUUAUACUUGUGGCAAUCCUGGUUUUCUGUUGGGUCUACAUUCGGAAAUUUCAAAGUCGUCAGGAAAGUGAAGUUGUUUCAACCAUCACAGCAAUAUGUGCGCUGGCCAUUGCUUUGAUAACGUCCGCUCUUCUGCCAGUAGAUAUAUUCCUUGUCUCAUUCAUGAAGUAUCCCAAUGGCACCUAUAAGGAGUGGGCAGCAAACAAUGAGACAAGAGACCAAAUUGAAGACACUGUGCUGUAUGGAUAUUACACACUUUACUCCAUCAUACUGUUCUGUGUCUUCCUCUGGAUUCCCUUUGUUUAUUUCUACUAUGAAGAACGGGAUGAUGACAACGUGAACAAAUGCUCGCAAGUGAAAAAUGCUCUCAAGUAUACAGUUGGAUUUGUCUUCGUCUGCGUAGUUCUUCUUUUAAUUGGAGCUUUUGUUCCACUACAAGCUCCACCUAACCAGAAUUCCACCCAGUGGGUGAAAGUACAGUACCUUUUUGAGGAACUUGGAAGUAAACAUGGUCUGCCUGCUCUGUCUUUCUCCAUCAGCACCUUGACCUUGAUCGGCAUGUUGGCAGUCAUCACCUACACAGCAUAUGGUAUGUCUGUACUGCCUUUGAAUCUGAUAAAAGGCACACGGAGUGUGGUGUACGAACGCCUGGAGAACACUGAGGACAUUGAUGAUGUCGAGCAUCAGAUAGAAAAGCUGAAAUCCAAGUGUCAAGAUGGACGUCCCCUUUCCUCAAGGGACAGACACAACCUGCAGGAACUGGAGGGCAAACUGCAAGUUCUCCAGCGCAGGGGGAGACACCUGGAAAUUGCAGAGAGGAACUGCUGCACUAAAGUGGGCAGUGCUCUCAGACCUUUCAAGAUAAUGUUGGGCAUAUUCUUUAUUGUGGUUGCACUCGUGUUCACUGUCGCCCUAUUCAUUUCAAAUUUGGAUAAAGCUCUCCACUCCGCUGGCAUCAGCUCUGGAUUCAUAAUCUUUGGCACCAACUUAACCAAUCCCCUGAAUGAACUUCUGUUAGUCCUACAACCCAUUUUUCCACUGGAUUAUAUCCUGAUCGCUAUCAUCACCAUGUACUUUGUUCUCACAUCCAUGGCUGGUAUUCGCAACAUGGGCAUCUGGUUCUUCUGGAUAAGGCUGUACAAAAUAAGACCAAAAAGAACCCGUCCUCAGGCUCUUCUCUUCCUCUGUAUGAUUCUUCUCUUGAUUGUCCUCCACACCAGCUACAUGAUCUACAGCUUAGCCCCACAGUACGUCAUGUAUGGCAGCCAGAAAUAUCUUGGACAGGGUCAGAUGCCCUCCACAGAUCCUGCAUCUGGGAACACUACUAUUAACACUACAAGGAUCUGUGAUGCCAGCGCGCCUGAGGAUCAGUGCACAAUGACGAGAUCCUAUCUUUUCCUCCACAAGUUCUGGUUCUUCAGUACCAUCUACUACUUUGGAAACUGGGCCUUUAUCGGGGCUUUCCUCAUUGGUCUGGUGGUGUCCUGCUGCAGAGGAAAGAAGUCUGUGAUCGAAGGCGAGGUGGAGGCCGAUGACUCGGAUAUCAGUGACGACGAAUAUGUGCACUGAAAACGAGUCCGAUUCAUAGAUAUGCUAACGACGACAUAAAAGGGACUGGGACAUACAAUUUCAUAAACUAUAAAUGACUCUCGGUAAUUUGGCAUGGUUUAAUGUAUCGGUGAGAAGUUAUCGUAAAGAAGUAAUUGCUGUGGUGUUUCGUGGAUUCCAGCCUUGUUUUGAGUUGACGCAUCACUUCCUUCAAAGCCGACCGCUCAGACUGAUUGCAGUGUCUUUCGCCGUCGAUAUUAUUGAUGACUUUGGGAUUCGGGGCAGUGUCCACCAACUCGAUCCCACCUUGAGAGUUCACUUCUGAGCAGCAUGAAGCUGACGCUAAUUGGCCAUUUUUCUACUGGAGGAGACGCAUUAUUAUGGCAGUGGGGACAGCAAAACAUUACUGUCUGGGCUUUAUUUAAGUGUAGUCUUAGACUAAACUAUUGUUUGUUUGUUUUUCCACUCAAAGCAAUUUCUAGAUGCUUUAAGUGAUUGCGUCAUCAUAGUAUCUAUAGCAGACUUGAUUGCAACCUUUUUGAAGUUAAAACACUGACGACGAUAGUUGGUAUAAACAAGAAUACCUUUUCACAGCACGCAGGAACAUUUUUUUGAAAUUUAUUUUUGCUCUUUUUUUAAAUCAAAGGAUAUUGCUUGUGGAGUUCCUGCUUUGUCCACCUACAUUUGGUGGCUUGUAUUAUUUAAGAACAUGUUGCUAUACUUGCAUAAUUGCACUGUCGAUGACAUGUUGAGGACCAGUUGUUGCAAUUGUGUUUUCAAUGUUUCAGUUAUUUUUGGUUUUAAACGCUUUGUGCUAAUGUUCGGGGGAGGGGAAAACAUGAGUAAACGAAAGAAAAACGUUAUGAGUGUCAUUUUCUUUGAAUGAAGGUUUUCAGCAGUGCAGCAGGCUUGUGACAUAGAGGUUUCCCCCAACAUACACUUCAAUAAUGGACUCCCAACAGACUGUUGUUGGUGUCUCAUGAAUGUGUAGUGUGUGUUUCCCUAAGUUUACCUCACAAGAAUCAAGCUGCAAAGAAAAGGUGAGUCUUUCUUUCUUUUCCCCUUGUUUUCUGUUUUUUGAUAUAUUUAGCCAUGGGUUAACCUUAAUGGAGAAUCAGUUAAAAAGGGUUAAAAAGAGUGAUGAGAUGGUGAUCAUCACAUCUUUCACCUGUGACUGAUCGGGUUUCUGUUGUGAAACGUGUUGUCGAUGUUGAAUGAAACCUGUAGUUAAAGAAAUAAAAUCAUUUUAAACAGC